AAUGGUCUACCUGUGGUUGAUGAUUCCAAAAUGGCUGCCUUGAUCAAGAGAGUUCGACGAACUAUCCUACUUUGCAGGGAUCUUUUUCAACCAUUUCAACAACGUGAAAUCGUAUUAUCAAGAGUGGGUAACGGAUUGUGUAAUUAUCGCUUUUUAGCGGGCCGAGCAAAUCAAACAACAAACGGGGAGCAAAUAUUAAGUGCUCUACACGUGGAAGUAUUGAGUAAAACUCCAAACGCUUUUAACGAGAAACGCAACAUCUCCGUAGAACACUACCUUUCUGAUAUAGGAGUAUCGCUUGAAAAAGUCAACAAACAAUUGGACAUAAGCAGGUUGAGUUUAGAUAGAGUAAAGGGAAAGGUUGGAAUUCUCCAAGGGAUUGGUCUGAAUAAGGAGGUUGGGUCCGUGAUCUCUGCCAGACCAUCUAUUCUUGUCAUAAAGGAUGAAGUGAUAUACAGUCGCGUGAAGGCUAUGCGGGAUGUUGGAAUCAAACCGGACGCUUUAAUGUAUGUUGUUAGAAAGUCUCCUGGAAUACUAACAGCGAGAACAGAGGAAACGCUUAUCGAGAAGGUGAAGUUUUUACAAGGACUUGCUGUAAAACCCAAACUUGGCCGGGAGGAAGUAUUACACCUGUUAACAAAAUGCCCAGAUAUCAUUGCCUCCUGUUCAAUUGCAUCCUUACAUGACAAAAUCAACUUCAUGGAAAAAGUACUCAGAUUCAACCAUCAUCAGCUUAGAAACAUACUCUUGAAACAACCAAGAGUUCUCACGUUUAGUAAAGAAGGGAUGAAAGCAAAGUAUAGAUACUGUUAUGAAGAGAUGAAUGCCAGUUGUAAUAGCAUUGCAAGGUGUCCAAGAUUGUUUCAGUGCUCACUUAAAAGAAUAAAGGAGCGGCAUUUGUUCCUGAGACAUGUCGGAAGGCUGAAAGAGGACAUGAUUGUGGAUGAUUAUGGGUUGGGUGUUAUUCUGUCGCCAAAUGAAAAGAUUUUUGCUGAGAAGAUUGCCCUCAGUAGUUUAGAGGAGUUUAAUGAUUUCCGACACUCACUUUCAUCAGUCUAGAAUAUGCAUUUGAAUCUAUAAAACUAUUGUUGUUUAAAUAAUAGUUUGGUUGGUUCUUUUAAAGCAGGUUUCUUUAGGGUGCUAAGAACUAUAAACCGAAGUAGUAAAAUCCUUUUAGUGUAAAAGUUUUUUUUACAAUGUGGCAUGCUACCAUGGCAACAUUGGCAAAGUAUGGUAGGCCAAUCAGGAUGCAAGAAAUAUGCUGACAUCUACACACAGGCAGCCCAAGUACAUUAUAAGCUUUGUAAGAGGGUUUCUGAUAAACUUGCGAAAUUGCUUGAAAAACAAACACUUUAUUUCAUCUCUUUCAUCAUACAGUAAAAAUUUUCUCAUAAUGUACUUGGGUUGCCUGUGACAUCUAUGUCAUUAGCCAAUCAGGAUGCAAGAAAUGUGCUGACAUCUAUGUCAUUAGCCAAUCAGGAUGCAGGAAAUAUGCUGACAUCUAUGUCAUUUUAGCCAAUCAGAAUUCGAGAAAUAUGCUGACAUCUAUGUCAUUGGUCAACCAGUGUGGCGAAGAAAUGCUAUCAGAAAUUCUAUAGCUAUUAAAAACAUAUUAGAACUGUAAGUUUUGUAUAUGAUAACAUUAAGUCAUAUUAGAGCCAAGUACCCUUAAAAUGCUUUGACGUCAGUCUGCACCAGUUUAUCAUUUUCUUUGGGGAAAUUUUGAAAUUCUGAAUUUGAAGAUAGUAUUUGUAACAACAAUAUUCCAGAUUUCCCACAGUUUAGUUGGUCAUAAAGUAGGAAGUGCAACUUUUUAUCAAUUAUUUAUUUAAUGUAACACAUUGAUUAUAAAUAAACCCUUUCCUAAAUUAA